AGACAUUAAUGGGCUUAAAGAAGACUGAAAAAUCGAGGCCCACUUCGUGCUAAAUUAAACACUGUCGUUUUGGUCUGUUAUUAAAAAAUAACCAGACCAGAUACAUCGGUCAUGAUGAGAGCUUAAAACCUAACGAAUAGUUCUCGAGUGUUGUUGUGUUAUCACCACCUGAACAUUCUCUGUCUCUCCUCCGAUCCUCGUCCCUCUCUGGUCCAAUGGCGAAAGCUGCGUCUGCUCAAACUCCGUCGCUCUCCGAGCAAUAUCAUUUGGAGAAUGAAGUGAAGCAAGUUAAAGAAUCUCCUGAAGAAAGUAAUGACGAAGUUGCUGAGGAGGAGACUCCUGAUGAGAUCACGCUUGAGACAGCUCCUGCUGAUUUCCGUUUCCCGACCACAAACCAAACAAGGCAUUGUUUCACACGUUACAUCGAGUAUCACAGAUGUGUAGCUGCUAAGGGUGACGAUGCUCCAGAAUGCGAUAAGUUUGCAAAGUUUUAUCGAUCUCUCUGCCCCAGCGAAUGGGUUGAUAGGUGGAACGAGCAAAGAGAGAAUGGAACUUUCCCUGGUCCUCUUUAAGACAUAUCUUCCUCUUUUGCUGUCUGCAGAGUUUCAAUAAGAUGUGAGAAGACUUGAACAAUUUUUUUAUAAUCUCAAUUUUAUUUAUUUUUUUAUCUAUAAGUUUUGGGAGGAUCAUCUAGUUCUGAUAUGUUGUUCUUCCUGAUCAUAUACGUUUCCAUGGCGAGCUUCAAAUUUUAGUACCGUCUAAUGGUUCAUACGUA